AUGCAAGCUCGUCACGAUUACAUCACUGCUAUUCUUAACGUCCGCACCGGUGAAGCCGUUGAGAUUGCCCUUGAGGAAUCUCUUGACAUGCUACGUCUCUGCCGAGGCGACAAUCUUGGUGUUCGCUCACAAAUUCCUGCGCUGUAUCUUCGACUUGGAAGGGAUCAGGAAGCUUAUGGUUUCAUCAAGUGGUAUGCUGCCAAAGGUGACUCUAUGUAUAACUGGAGCGACAUGAGCUUGCCGUUCCUUGAUCUCGAAGGUGAAGAGUCGCUGCAGAAGUUUCUGCAGAAGAAACCUAAUGCAACUGGGGAGGAGAGGUAUGAUUAUUUAGAGGAGGAGGCUAUGAGUGACAUUCUUCAACAGCGGGCGGAUAUCGUUGCGCGAGAUGACUACAAGGACUUGAUUGCUGAGCUAAAGCGUCAGGUACUGCAGUUGUACAAGAUGGUCAAGAAGGACAACAAGCAUAUAUGGCCGGGCAUUGAGAACCCGAACUUGUAUGCAUACGAUGUGACGAGCGCUUAUUGUCCCGGGUCGCGGCAGGAGGCGGUUCUUAUUUUCCGCCAGUCGUGGUACUCUUGGUCAGAGACGGAGCCGGCGAUACAGUAA